UGCUAAACAAGUGGGCAAGGGGGAGUGCAACUAAAACAAAAGUUUAAAAAUAAAAACAACUUUUAACGGCAUCGCGCGCUCGAUUUUAAAUAAAGUGAUAAUUUAAUAUUACCUCUCGGGCAUAAUUACACAUAUCGAAACAAAUAACCGAAUACAUUCCCACGCAAGUCACCGUUGGUUACAUAUACAAUUGCAAAUACAUAGAAGCAAGCCAAAGCAAGUAAUAAUUCAUAUUAAUGAAAACAAAUACAAAUCGCUAAAGCGCUUGCUCUCUCACGCUCUAUAAACUUGGCCCAUUUCCUGGGGAUCAGUUAGCCAGUCAGUCAGAAUUGGUAAAUAUAUCAGUUCGUUUUGUACGCUUCGUCGUGGCGCACGGGAGGAAAUACAACAACAACAACAGCAGCAAAGAGCUCUCGCAAUGGGGCUUCCACCAUUUAAUGUUACUGGCAGUCCAUUUAAUGUGGUGCCCAUACAUAAUUAUCCCGAGCUAAUGAAGGAUACCUGCGCUCUGAUCAAUGCUGAAUGGCCCAGAUCAGAAACAGCGCGAAUGAGAUCACUGGAGGCAUCGUGCGAUACAUUACCAUGCAGUCUAGUGCUAACCACAGAGGGCAUGUGCCGUGUAAUAGCCCAUCUCAAGCUAAGCCCCAUCACGUCAAAGAAGAAGGCCUGCUUUGUGGAAUCCGUUGUUGUUGACAAGAGAUAUCGCGGCCAGGGUUUUGGCAAGCUAAUUAUGAAAUUCGCCGAGGAUUACUGUCGGGUCGUGCUCGAUCUGAAGACAAUUUACUUAUCGACCAUUGAUCAGGAUGGUUUUUAUGAGCGCAUAGGCUAUGAAUAUUGUGCCCCCAUAACCAUGUAUGGUCCGCGACACUGCGAAUUGCCCAGCUUACAAAAUGCCAAAAAGAAAUACAUGAAGAAGGUCUUAUAGACAUCAAUACCAGUUGUAGACACAAUGAAAUACCCCAAACAGCAGCAGCAAUUAGCUGUUAACUAGUCGAAAUAGAAUUUCGUAACAUAGCAAAUGCUUUAUACAAGAUCUGCCCCCUUGAAUGCAUUUCCCUACCAAGGAGGGGAAGCGAUUCGAUUAAUUCCAUUACACCGAUAAUGAUAAAGCUACGUAGAUAUAUAAUUGAAACAUUCAUACGAUACGCUUGUGUUGAUAUUUAAAUAUUACUUUCUGCAUGUAUUUUUUAAUCUUUUUGGUUCAUAUUGUAUGACACAAAGUUGUUACAAAUUAUCCACAUACCUAAAACAUCCUAUAUUGAUUGUUAUCCCAUCCCAUUUACCCAAUUUAAUUUGUAAUUUAUUGUAUGUAGUGUUUGCUCAAAUGCGUGCAUAAUGGCCAUAAACUAAGAUAGCUCAAUUCUCUCUUCCAAUAUAAAAAACAAAAAGAAACAGAAACUAUACAUAGCAUAGACAAACAUAUCGAGGCGUAGCAUUAAGCACACAUAUUUAAGUGAAUAACUAUACUUCCUCACAAACUCAAAAACGAAUGGCAAUAAAUUAUGAAUCAAUAAUAGUAUACACAAUA